UGUGGCACCUAGGGAAGCUGUGACUGUAGCCAAGACACUACUGAAAGGGGGCGGUAAUGCACCAAAGUGAUGGAUGCCAACCGCCAUAAAACCGACGAAGAAGAAGCGUGUCCAUCCAUCGUUUGCAAUGGAAAAGUCUGGAGAGAGGUUAUGGAGGACCCCCCGGGCCUGCAGUGACUACUGGAGUGAAUAUAGACACUGUAAAAGUUUGCGGAAUCGUUUUCACCAAUACUAUACUUAUGGGACAUCCCCGUCUUGCAAGCAGUGGGAAGAGGACUACUACAACUGCACAAUGUGGGAGAAAAACAAAGGCACUGAGGCUAAGGAAGCCCUACAGAGGAGUGAAGGGAACAGAGUGGCAGAGCAGAGUAAGUUCACCCCAGUAUGGGAGCUGAGACGACAGCCACCCAGCGACUGGCACUUGCCCCUCAACCAAGAAAGACCUCAGGACUCUUGACCUCUAAACGUGAAAACUGUGCCAACUAUAUAGUGUACUGUGAUGUGUGCUGCAGCGGUCAACACUAAUCCUCAGUGGGCCACUGUGUGAAUUGAAUGCAUUUUGUUGCUUUGGAUAAAAUUAUAAAAUAUUUAUAAUCAAUACAAUGAUUUGUUAUGUGACAUGCUUGCAUGUUCAUUUUAGGCAGAAUUGCAAUGUUUUUUUUUCCAAUGCCAAAAUAUUUUUAUGUGGAAACACCCUUGAGAUUCACCAUCUGUUUGAUGACAAAGUAAUUGUAUUUAUAUUUACAGCAAUUAGCUAAUUCUUACUAUGCUGGCUGCAAACUGAGAAAGAUGUAUUGGGGGAAAAAAAAAACAAAGUUUGAGCCAAAAAGUAGCCUAAAGAAUGCAUUUGUAUCAACAGCAGUAACAAAAUUAGCUUACAACCUUGCAAAGUAUUUUCUGUAGUUAUGAAAACUAUGAUUCAUAUAAAGAUAACA